UGUAGUCUCCAAUCGUAAAUUGGUUAAAUUUGUUUUGUGUUAUAUUGGCACAAUGAGUUUAGUUUUCCCACCGACCACUGUAGCGCUAGUGUAUUGUGUAUUUGUUUUCUGCUUGUGCUCCAUGCUUGAACUAGGUUAUAGCUAAGCUAGAAAACCAUUUUUCAAUUUGUAUAUUUUCGUCGACAACCUUUCCGAAUAUUAGUAAAAAAAUAUGCCAACCGAUAACCGACGAAUUCAGGGGCCUGAGAUUUCAACUCCCUAUUGUGUAUUUGGAAGUUCGACUGAAAACGAGGAUGAAGAUGGUUGUUUCAAGUCCACCGAUCCCUUGUCAUCAACUCGCAAAGAUGGAAGAGCUCUACUGGAGCAUAGGAAAAUUUAUAUGAAGACUGGUGUUGUAAGCCAAGCUAAAGGUUCCGCUUACAUUGAACUUAACAACACCAAAGUUAUCUGCUCAGUAUUUGAUCCCAGAGAAAUUCCUAAUCGCGUUGAAUACAGUCAACAUGGUGAAUUAUUCUGUGUAUUAAAGUUUGCCCCAUUUUCGUGUACUACCAGACGGUCCCAUCAACAAGAUGCUGAGGAAAAGGAAUUGAGCCUCAAUCUGAAGCGAGCACUGGAACCUGCUGUUUGUCGUCAUGAAUUCCCAAAUUUUCAAGUUGACAUUUACGUCCUGAUCUUGGAAAGUGAUGGCGGUUCUCUGGCUGCUUCAAUUACUUGUGCAGGACUUGCUUUGGCUGAUGCACAUGUACCAAUGUAUGACCUUGUGACUGCUGCCUCUUUGGGUGUUGCUGGGGAUGUGUUGAUGAAAGACCCAUCAGAAGAGGAAGAAAAACUUUGUAGUCAACAUUUUGAGCGGAGUAAUCUGAACCAUGGAUUAAUAACUGUGUCAUUAAUGGGUGCACACACUCAAAUUACUCAAGUUUGGCAGACAGGAUCCAUGACAACAACUUGUGUUUCCGAAUCACUUACACAUUUAAUUCAGUCGUGUGAAGAAACAUAUCCUAUUGCACAGCGAUGUUUGGUAAAGAGUGUUGUUGAUACAAUUUCUAAAAAGAAGGUUCCAGAGCAGUCAUGAAUUAAAUACUACUAAGAAAAAUCUUACUGUCUGUUUUUUUUUUGUUGUUUUUUCCCGCUUGUAAGUCAAAAUGUAAUUUGAUAAAUUUACUUACCUAUUCCAAUAAAGCUGGUUCUUCUUUUUAAUCAUUA